UAAAAAAGCUCACAUUAUAGUCAUAAUAAUGUCAAUCUCAUUCACAGAAAAUAAUGGCUAUUUACCCUUCCAAUUUACCUAGCCAAACCCAGCACAAGAAAAUAGAAAAAUUUACAAUAGGGCGACUCUUUCUCAUGUACCAUUCGACUUAAAAGCGCCAAAGAAUAACAGAAAAACUAGAAUUCAAAUUAGAAAUAAAAGAAAAUGAAAGCCAAACAGAAGCUUCGAGAAGCCAUAGACUCGCUCUACUCUCGUGGCUGUGCAAGCUCUGAAGCAUACACUCGCCUCGUGCUCGAAUGCGUUCGACACAAUGACUUCAAUCAAGCGAAGAGACUGCAGUCUCACAUGGAUCUUCACUUGUAUCAACCCAACAACACCUUCCUUCACAAUCGUCUUCUUCAACUCUAUUCCAAAUCCGGGCGACUCUCGGACGCUCAGAACCUGUUCGAGAAAAUGUCCCAAAGAGAUAUAUUUUCCUAUAAUGCUAUGCUGUCUGUGUAUUCGAGGUUGGGUUCUGUUCAGGAUUUGUGGGCAUUCUUUGAUGGGGUGCCUUGUCGCGAUUCUGUCUCUUAUAACACGGUGAUUGCUGGUCUGGCUUCAAAAGGGUGUUCCAGCAAGGCUUUGGAGGUUUUUAUCAGAAUGCAACAAGAAGGAUUUCAGCCCACGGAGUAUACCCAUGUGAGCGCGUUGAAUGCAUGUUCACGCACGUUGGAUUUGAAGCGCGGGAAACAAAUUCAUGGUAGGAUUGUUUCUUGUAAUUUGGAUGGGAAUGUUUUUGUCUGGAAUGCUUUGAUUGAUAUGUAUGUGAAGUGUGGUGUGAUUGAUCAGGCUCGGUGGUUGUUUAAUCGGAUGGUUAACAAGAAUGUGGUCUCUUGGAAUUCUAUGAUUUCAGGUUAUUUGAUCAAUGGGCAGCCUGAGAAAUGCAUUGGCUUGUUUCAUGAAAUGCGAUUAUCUGGUUUAAAGCCAGAUGCGAUUACAGUUUCAAAUGUUCUUGGUGCAUUCUUUCAAAGGGGAUAUAUAGAUGAAGCACACGAGACUUUUAGUGAGAUCAAGGAAAAAGACAAGGUUUGUUGGACUACAAUGAUUGUAGGUUACACACAAAAUGGAAAAGAAGAGGAUGCUUUAAUGUUGUUCAGCGAGAUGCUUUUAGAAAAUGUUAGACCUGACAAUUUUACAAUCUCAACUGUGGUUAAUUCCUGUGCCAGAUUAGCCUCUUUGUAUCAUGGUCAGGUAGUUCAUGGAAAAGCAGUGCAUUUGGGAGUUGAUUUUGAUUUGCUUGUUUCUAGUGCCCUUAUUGAUAUGUAUUCCAAAUGUGGAGAAAUAAAAGAUGCUUGGGUUGUUUUCAAAAUGAUGCCUACAAAAAAUGUGGUCUCUUGGAAUUCCAUGAUAAUAGGUUAUGCACAAAACGGAAAGGAUCUAGAUGCCUUGGCCCUUUAUGAAGAAAUGUUGCAAGAGAAACUCAAACCAGAUAAUAUUACCUUUGUGGGUGUUCUUUCAGCUUGUGUUCAUGCAGGUUUGAGUGAACGAGGACGGGAAUAUUUUAAUUCAAUCAGCAAAUUUCAUGAAAUGACCCCUACUUUGGAUCAUUAUGCAUGCAUGAUCAAUCUCCUCGGUCGUUCAGGUUACAUGGAUAAAGCAGUAGAUCUAAUAAAUGGCAUGCCACAUGAAGCAAAUAGUCUAAUUUGGUCUACCCUUUUAUCAGUUUGUUCAACAAAUGGUGACGUAAAACACGGAGAAAUGGCGGCCAGGCGCCUCUUCAAAUUAGACCCACUCAAUGCUGGACCUUACAUCAUGCUCUCCAAUAUGUAUGCUGCUUGCGGAAGAUGGAAGGACGUGGCAUCCAUGAGAUCUCUUAUGAAGGACAGGAAGGUUAAAAAAUUUGCUGCCUACAGCUGGAUUGAGAUUGACGGAAAGAUCUAUAAUUUUGUAUCAGGAGACCGAACUCAUCCAGAAUCAGAAAAAAUAUAUCAGGAAUUGAAUAGACUGAUAAGAAAACUUCAGGAAUCUGGAUUCUCUCCUGAUACAAACUUGGUUCUACAUGAUGUGGGGGAAGAUGAGAAGUUUGAAUCCAUCUGUUACCAUAGCGAGAAACUUGCUCUUGCAUUUGGGUUGAUCAGAAAACCUCAAGGAGAGGCACCUUUAAGGAUAAUAAAAAACAUCCGAGUUUGUGGCGAUUGCCACGUGUUUAUGAAGUUUGUAUCUAAGCUUAUUGGACGACCUGUCAUACUGAGAGACUCAAGCAGAUUCCAUCAUUUUGUUGGAGGGCAGUGCUCCUGCAAGGAUCUUUGGUGAUGAAAAGUCUGCUGGAGAUGGAUAUCUGCUGAACUGAAGAAACAUACAUCUCAAGAAGAUAUAAGCAGCAAUAAGGCUAUAUGAUCGGAAGCAGCAAGAACUUUUUUCAUAUAAGAUGAUAAGAAGAGGAUUGCCAAUAUUUGAAUUAUUUGGAGUCCCCAGUGACUGGAUGCAGAGAGUGGAUUUAGAUAAUUGUAGAGAAAUGAGGAUGAUCCAUCUUCACUAAUUUUGCAAGGACUACCUUAAUGCGGUAACAUGUGCAGGAUUGAAAUAUGUACUGGGCUUGGGUUAAUUAAUUGGUAUCUUAACAAAUACAGCAGUUAGAAUUUAGAUAAGGUGAAUGGGAGCAACAAGAGCUUUCUUACCUGAAAGCGCACAAGAAGCAUCAGUGUUCCCACUCUUUCGAAAUUCCAUGUUGAAUAGGGAAACAACUGAAUGGAGGAUACAACUAUCACUCAGCUGCUUAUAUUUAGUCUUCUUGCGGAAUAUGGGAAGAAAGAUGCAAACCAUAGGGCACAGACAUUGGAUACAAAGAUCAAGAAAUGUUUGCAACUAAUCACAUGCUAAGCUCUUCAGAUGGUUGAUCAAGCGGAGUGAGAGUCAUACUCUAUGCUUUAAGCUUUAACCUAUGGUCCAAGGUAGCUAUUCCUUCUGACAAUAAUUCCCUUCAUUCUUAACUGUUCUGAAUUUGUAUGUCUGUUUGAUUUAGAAAUUUCUACAUAUCACUCAUUAAGCAAGCUCUUAACUUCAUAUCCACGCUGAUCCUAGAAACAUCGACUGGUAAAUGGAUUACACAUUAGGUUUUUCUGUGAUAAUUCAUCUGGUGGUGUACCUGAUCAGAUAUAAAUAACAAUGCUAUAUCAGCUAAUGGUAACGACCAUUGAUUUGUGUUGAUAUUGAUUUUUUAAAUGUUCAUGCAGCCAAAAUUUCUUU